CAACAUGCGAACAGGCGUCCAGCUCCGUGUCUAAACCACCAUGACGGACUCGCGUCGUCCUCGUCGCCGCCGUUCACCGCCUUCCAGCUGCUCCGCCGACAACGAGACGCGCUUCGCGUCCUGACGCGUGCUUUACUUUACUGCGUCCCAGCCGGUGCGUUCGCGUCUCGCGGCGAGCGUCGAUGGUCGGUGGUGGUCUGUAACAUUCGCUUGUGCGUUAUUCCGAAUCUGCACCGAAUCGGAAGCUGCAGCAGCGACGUCCCACGAAGGAACAUCCCCCUCGAGUUUAUUAUAGGAGAGCACGCGCCGCAAGCCAGGGACUCGACGCGGAGACACACGAGAGCCAACAUGUUCGAAGUCAGAGGGAUCCCCUUUGUUGUGCUGGACGUAGCCUGUCUGAUUCUAGCCGGAAUUCCAUUUCUAAUACUCAAUGUGCAGGCCAGGCCUUUCCGCCGAGGGUUUUUCUGUAAUGAUGAUUCAAUCAAGUACCCGUAUAAAGAAGACACCAUUUCCUAUCAGUUGUUAGGAGGUGUUAUGGUUCCUGUCACAGUGCUCACUAUGAUCUUGGGCGAGUGCCUCUGCGUUUACCUGAAGCGCCUCCAGUCCAAGUCCUCCUUUGGCAGCUACGUUGCCUGCGUUUACAAAGCCGUGGGCACCUUCGUGUUCGGUGCCGCCAUGAGCCAGUCUCUGACAGACAUCGCCAAGUACUCCAUUGGCCGACUGCGACCGCACUUCCUAGACGUUUGCAAACCUGACUGGAGACUCAUCAACUGCACGUCAGGGUCUUACAUUGAAAACUUCACCUGCACUGGAGACGCAGCAAAGGCAAACGAGGGCAGGCUGUCCUUCUAUUCCGGCCACUCCUCCUUCUCCAUGUACUGCAUGCUGUUCCUGGCUCUCUACCUCCAGGCUCGACUGCAGGCUGACUGGGCCCGGCUGCUGAGGCCCACACUGCAGUUCUUCCUCAUUGCAGCCUCCGUGUACACGGGACUGUCGAGGGUGUCCGAUUAUAAACACCACUGGAGCGAUGUGCUGAUUGGACUCCUGCAGGGUGCCCUCAUGGCUAUACUGGUGGUCUUCUACGUGUCUGACUUCUUUAAGAAAGAUGUGAAUGCCCAUAAAAAGUCAGAGAUCCCCCACACAACCUUGCAGGAGACGCCAACGAAUGGAAACCACUUCGAGAGCCCCAACUGAGCUAAUGAAGACGCACGUCCAGGAUCCCAGCUCUCUGACCUUGCAUCUCACUCAAACUCCCAAAUACCCCGCAUGGAUUUACAGCAUUGAUUCCUGCAUUACGCAAACUAGUGGAUGUGUGCGUGCCACACAACACAUUUGGAAACCACAACUCAAACCUGAUCAAGUUUUAAGCAACACAAUGUCUUUUUUUUAUCUGAAAGGAGGAGAAACAACCCUUGCUGGGUUAAAGACUAAAGAUUCUGUAUGGAAUGUAUUGACCUACUGAGCUGGUGGGAGGACUGGCCUGCAUGUACCCACAAAGGGUCUGACCACUGCUAGGAGACAAACGUGGGAAACCUGUGAAUGUAACCCUGCUUUGUGCUUUGUGACCUGGAGCCAAUUUGCUAAAAAAAGGUCUGAUUUAGGGUCAGUUUUAACUCAUAACUUGCUGCCUUGGGUCCAGUGGUAAUUAAAGGGCUAAUCAUCACAAGGCCGGCCUGUGCUGGGAGCUAAAACUAAUCCUAGACCAGAGGGCAACGGGGCUUCAGAGCUGAAGCUGCUGACGUCUUAUUCUCCGACCACCCGACGCGUGCUGUGGUAGACGUUAAGAGUCUGAAGUUAGCUUACAGUGAGUCCUGUGUUGCCUUUGCUGAACUGCUGCUAUCUCAGCUCCUUGUGUAUCGAAGAACUACAGUAAUAGAAACAUAUGAAUACAACAGUGUGGUUUGUAUAAUCUGUAUGUUAAAAUAAAUCAUACAGACUUUUAUUGAAAAACGUAUGUACAAAUAUCUGUUAAGGAAAAUAAAGCCAUUCACUAAACACAAACAUGUUAAAGGUUUGUAUUUUGUCAUGAGCUGUCACAUAAAAUUUAAGUAUAACGUAUCAAAUGUAUUUCAUAACACAUUUUGUUCAAUAAAGCAUGACUGUUCAACUCA